AUGCCACGAGAAAUCAAAGACAUCAAAGACUUCUUGUUAAAGGCCCGCAGGAAAGACGCUAAAUCUGUAAAAAUAAAGAAGAAUACAGAGAAUGUGAAGUUCAAGGUGCGCUGUUCCCGCUUCUUGUACACCCUCGUCAUCACAGACAAGGAGAAGGCGGAGAAACUCAAACAGAGUUUGCCCCCAGGUCUUCAAGUAAAAGAAGUUAAG